AUGUCUGGAGAGGAUGCGAAUCCUCUCAACAGACGAUUGCCUGCAGAGGUUGUCACGAGACAAAAACGAGAAGUUAAGAAGAUCGUGGAAAAUGUCGACGAUGUGCAAGUUGACCUGAAGACUGCCUUAGGGCUGAAGCCGGAAGCCCGGCUUAAAUGGCUCAGCAAGGCUCUCAAGAUGGUCGAAGACAGACGGGCAAAUUCCACUGAGCUUUACGACAUAGUAUCCAAUCGAAAGUUUUGUGCGACAAUGCCGACUAGAAACAGCCAAAAGCUUCGCGGAGUUAUUCUGGACAACAUCUCCAUUUUUUCGGAGAAGCAGCGUCGAUUUCUGCGGUCAGAUGAGUGGGCUCCCAACAAGCUAUUUGAAGCUGAGGAUGAUGACGUGGCCACCGGAGUGAAGAGUGUAGAAGAGGAUCCGAAGCCCAGCCCGGAUGUUAAGCCGGAAGAAGCGAAGGCAGAUGCUGACAAAGAUGCUCAAGGCGGCUGGACUUUCACCAUCCGCGAACGACCGAUGCCAGAUCACGCCACUGGCAAGAAGAGGCGGAAAGGUGCCGAGGAUUCUGAGGCCCGCUUCGAGGCGAUGGCCGAAAAAAACGAGGCCUCGCAGAAGAAGCAGGAGGAAGAUGUUGAUAGUUCUCUUGCUCUGCUGGAGCGUCUCAACCAGCAAAAUCAAACUCCCCAUGUGGUGCGUGAGAGGACGAGGCGAGAGCGCACACCCAAAAAGAAGCGCCACCUGAGCCGAUCAAGAUCUAUAUCGGCUGCUUCAGUCACCUCAAGUAGCCACCGCGGCAAGAAGGGACGCACAAAGAAGAGGAAAGGGCGCAGCAGAAGUCGGGAUCGAGCCGGAGGAGCAGGAGGAGGAGGAGGUGCGGGCGGAGGUGGGAUGAGCUUUGAGGAAGCAUUACGGCGUCGAAUGCAGCAGCGCGAUUCUGAGAUGGAAACCUCAAGGAUGCCAGUGGUUGACCCCGGGCAUGCCAAAAAGAAUUGGAGAUGA